UUUGGGGGGGUCAAUAAGAGCGAUAGCGAAAGGAAAACCGAACCGUUUGUGCAGUUCUGCUGGUUUAAAACGCGCACUGAAAUCAGAAGUUCGUUCGUGUUUGCUUGUCUAGUCCGUCGUGACUGAAUGAAUGUUUGAUUUCAGCACCAGACCGAGGACAGCGCGCUAGUAUGUGUUUUUACUAUAGUAAAACGGGGUAAACUAGGGGGAUCAGCGCGGAAUGGCACUGCGGUGGAUCACUUUCAUCGCUUUACUGUGGGAGUUGCAGUGCUGUAUGUGCCGUGAGGUUACUCUUCCUGCAGGGCCGCUUUACCGGGUCGCAGGUUUCUCACUGUCCCUGCCCUGCUCCGUUUCGGGAUACGAAGGCCCGCAGACGCAGGAUUUCGAGUGGUACCUGUACCGGGAGGAUGCUGGGGGUCAGCAGAUGGGAGUGGUGUCCACACGGGACACAGGCUUUCCGUACGCACCAUUCCAGAGUCGUGUGCAGGUCGGCGAGGUUCGGGUCGAGAGGGAUUCAGGAGACAAAGCCAGACUGAUCAUCCAGAGGCUGCAUCCAGGCGAUCAGGGCCGUUACGAGUGUUACACGCCCAGCACUGACACCCGCUUCCUAGGGAACUACAGCUCAUCAGUGGUGGUCAAAGUGAUUCCAGACACGCUGCUCAUAACACACUCUCGAAUUCUGAGCGGCCAACCCAUGAUCGAAGGCACAGAGCUUCAGCUGACGUGCGCCGCAGCCGUCCAAUCAGAUCAGCACACUCAUGUGUCCGUCACGUUCCACAUGCGCAGCAGCAAGGGGGCGGAGUCUCAGGGUCCCACCCUCAGCGAGAUCAUCUCCAUCGACCCCGAGCUACAUGUGACGCCGGGCCACAGCGCCACCUACAGGAAGAGAUACAGAGACGGAGAGAUUGCUGUGGAGAAACGCCGAGGGGGCGGAGUCCGAGAUCUGUACGUGCUGAAGAUGAGCGUUCUGACAGCCGAGGAUUCUGGGUCGUAUUUCUGCGAGGCUGCGCAGUGGAUCAGAGAUCCGGAUGGCAAAUGGGAACGCAUCGCACAGAGGACCAUGGAGCUCGGGAAUCUCACCGUUCAACCGCUCGCGGACACAUUGAGCGUGCGUUUGCUCCCGGAGGGUGAUGUCUCUCUGCGUCCCGGCGCUCCGCUCCGUCUCCGCUGUCAGGUGUCCGGCGUGGGCUCGGCGCUGCUGGUGCAGUGGAUGCGGCGCGGUUCGGAGGGGGGCGUGGAGCUGGAGGUGGGGCGUGUGGAUCCUGACGGUGUGGUGGUGUGGGGUGAUGAUCUCAGCAGGGCUGGAGGAAGGAGCUUGGAGAAGGAGGCUGACGGGAGCUUCUCUCUACACCUGUUCUCCGUUCACCCGUCUGACACCGGACUCUACCGCUGCGCUGUGAGCGUCUACACCCGGAGGAAGACUCCAGCGCCGGACAGUCCAGCCACGAUCACACAGAGAUCAGACUGGGUCACUGUCAGCCUGAAGACUGAAGAGGUGCGUGUGUCUGCUAGCAUUGCUAUACAGCGGCGUCCGCUCCUGAAGCGCGGCAGCACCGUCACGCUGCUCUGUAACGUCUCUGUGGACUCCAGCGGAGCGUCACGCGUCGAGGUGCAGUGGCUUCAGACGCCGUCUCUCUCUGAGGACCGCGGACGCCUGCUCCUAGCGACUCUGAGCUACGACGGACUGACGCGCAUCUACAGCAGCAGCAGCGAGCUGAGCGUGGACCGUGUGUCCGCCGGCUGCUUCAGGAUGAGGAUCUUCUCGGCUGCUGAGGAGGAUCAGGGACACUAUCAGUGUCGAGCGCAGGUUUGGGCGCAGGAUCCACGAGGAGGAUGGUACAGCUCCGGCGCUGAAGCCCAGUCUGUGAGCGUUCACCUGUACCUGUACACACGAGUCACUGAUCUGCUGCUGGUUCCUCUCGUCAUCGGCGUAUCGUCGGCUCUGUUCGUGGCCGUCCUGAUUAUAUCCGCUGUGACCUGCUGCUUCAUGAACAGACAGCACUCACACAUAUGGAAGUAGGAAGAGACUUUCAUGGAAAAACAUUCAGUUACAUACCAGAAAAAUGGGUUUUAAACAGAUUUACGCAGAUGUAAUGUGCACUCACAAUUGGGAAAGUAUCGUUCAGAACGAUAGUGAAAAUGUACAGGACCGUCACGUUAUAUUAAUCCAUAUGUGGAUGCUAACAGUUGCAUAUACACAAAUGCACAUAGAUUUACCUCAGACUGUGACAUUGUGAAUUGCACUGUGACAAAGUUGAAUAUUUCUCUGAGCACUUGUCAGAAUGAAUGAAAGGACAUCACUCGGAGGAUAUAAACC